AAAACUUUCAUGACAGCACCAUGCACACGCAAAGUAUAAACAAAUCCGAUUGUAUCAUGCGUUCGAAACUUAAAUAAACGCAACAAUCGAUUCACAAGUCUAAUGACGUGUAAAGAAUUUCCUAGUUCCAGUUAAAAAACAAUUGCGAUUAGGUAUGAAUCCAAUAAAUUUUCUUGUGGCUGCCGGCCUCGUUCACAGUGUAUUGUUCUUCUUCAAUGUGAUGUUUCGGUCAUGUUCGCACAUUCCCUACCUCCUAUUCCUGGAGAACACCGGACUGGAGGUGAAGACUUUCAGCAUAAAAUGGUUCACAGGGGCUCUGAAUCGGCCUUUGGUCAAGUGGGGAACGUCGAGAUCAAAAUUCUGGAUGUUAUGGUUCAACUUGGGAGUUGUUGUAACGAUUGUUCUCCUUCCUGUUGCUUCGUUUAUUCUCAUUAAAAUGAUCGUAGUCAUGUUUCUCAGUGGCCCUAAGGGUGAUAAAGUGGAGGUGACAUGGGAACUGGAGCCCAUGAUUCCUGGGGUAAACGUUCCCUUCGCCGACAUACAAUACUACGCAAUCACUCUGGGUCUUUGCAGCAUUGUCCACGAGGCAGGUCACGCUCUUGCCGCUGCAAGAGAGGAUGUUCAGCUCUACGGAGUUGGAAUGCUCCUAGUGUACAUCGUGCCAAUGGCCUUUGUCUCCCUAAACAGUGAGCAGCUCUCUCAGAGGCCAAUGCAAAAUCAACUGAGGAUUCUCUGUGCUGGAAUUUGGCACAAUAUCGUUCUUGCAGUGAUCGCAGCUGUCGGAGUCUUCAUAAGUCCUUGGCUCUGGGCUCCAAUGUUCUCAGUGAACGCUGGGGUUGUCGUUACCUCCAUUCAAUCCUACUCGCCCCUCGUAGGCGCCACAGGCUUGAACCAUUACGACGUCAUCCACAGGAUAAACGAUUGUCCAGUUAGAAAUAGCAACGAUUGGCAUGACUGCAUUCUGCAAGCUGUGAAACAAUCCACACCAGGCUAUUGUGUCUCCCAAUCUCUGGUGCAAGAACACGAUGAAUCCAUUCCUGUCUGGACAAUGGCUAAUGGGGAGGUGAAUUGUUGUCGCAGGGAGAGUGAAGCUGAUGGAAAAUUGUGCUUCGAGGUCAUUGAAGAGUCGCAAGUUCCUCUACAAUUGCAAGAACAUUCCUGUCUGCCAACCAGACUGAUUAUUGAAAGAUCAAGGGGAAGGUGUAGAUCUGGUCACCAGUGCUCGGAAACUGAGACUCACUGCAUGAAACCCACGUUGGAUAACGUCACAAAAAUAGUUCAAAUCAAGAGAGAAAUGGGAAAGGACGUCCUAUUCUUCGGUUAUCCUGCGGAGAUCUAUCGAACAGUUGAGAUAUCAGAAUGGGUACCAAAGUAUCCAAUUUUUAGUUCGGAUUUACCAGAGUCUGUGACCCUCCUCUGCAAAUACAUAACUGUAAUCUCAGCGGGCUUGGCUAUGAUGAAUGUCGUCCCCUGCUUCUUCUUCGAUGGUCAACAUAUUGUCUCAACACUUACUCAGAACCUACUGAGACCCAGGAUAAGGCACAAGAGCUUAAGGCAAGCCAUUGCUCUGACAGUCACCAGUAUCGGGAGUCUAGUGAUCGUUAUUAACGUUAUUAAUGCUUUUGUGCAGAGACAGAGGUAGUUGGUAAAACAAACUGUGGUGGAAGAGUUUAUUCAUGGUUUUAUGUACAGUGAUUUAGGGAGAUUUUUUCCCUAAUUUCUUUUGGUGCUUGCUGUGUACAUUCAUUCUCAUUCUGCAUUCAGUCUGCAGUUUAUUUUGUUAAAUUUAGGUUGCGCUUGAGUUCUUUCAUUGAGUUCUCCCCGUGGACGAUGAGAGAUUUAAUUGCGAACUGAAAUGUUAACGUAAAGUGAAUAUCAGGUGGGUAUUGAGUUUUUACGAAAAUAAAACAAAUUUAUUAUUUCA